UGGAGACUCAUUGUUCCAAAAGCAGGUGUUCUAAGACAGGAGGUGAACGCUGCUGAUCUCUUAAGUACCCAUUUGGCCCUACCCAGAGGGGCAGAAAAGAAGGCCAAAGGAGGUUGUGUUUGAAGAAAAGGUCAUGCUGUGUGUGAAGACACUUCUGUUUCUUUUCUUACUCCACGUGCAGCCUGCCAAGACCUCUCCCAUACCUUCUGAAAACUCAGAAGAGAAAAAUGCAAAGAUUGCUCAGAAUUACCUGGAAAAAUUCUUCUACUUGCAAAGGGAGGAUUUUCGAUCUCCAGAUUGGAACAGCACUCGUAUGUUUGUUGAAAAGCUUAAAGAAAUGCAACACUUUUUUGGGUUGACUGUGACAGGAGAGCCAAAUGCAGAAACUCUGGAGAUAAUGAAAAAACCUCGCUGUGGAGUGCCUGAUAUUGGUAAUUAUAUGAUGACCCCAGGAAACCCCAAGUGGAAAAACACCGACCUGACCUACAGGAUUCGAAAUUAUACCCCACAGUUGUUUCAGGCUGAUGUGGAAACAGCUAUUGAAAAAGCCUUUCAAACAUGGAGUGCUGCAUCACCCCUGACCUUCACCAGAACCACAGAGGGGGAAGCAGACAUCAAUAUUGCUUUUGUCCAAAGAGACCAUGGUGAUAAUUCUCCGUUUGAUGGACCCAAUGGAAUCCUUGCUCAUGCCUUUCAGCCAGGUCAAGGUAUUGGAGGAGACGCUCAUUUUGAUGCAGAAGAAACAUGGACCAUAAGCUCAAAAGGUUACAACCUGUUUCUUGUUGCUGCUCACGAAUUCGGCCAUUCCUUGGGGCUCUCUCACUCCUCAGACCCUGGUGCCUUGAUGUAUCCCAACUAUGCUUUCAGGGAGCCCAGCACCUACUCACUCCCUCAAGAUGACAUCAAUGGCAUUCAGGCCAUCUAUGGACCUUCAAAUAACCCCAUCCAACCUACUGGACCAAGCACUCCCACAGCCUGCGACCCUAGACUGACAUUUGAUGCUGCUACCACACUCCGUGGAGAAAUAUUUUUCUUUAAAGACAAGUACUUCUGGAGACGGCAUCCUCAGCUGCAACAGGUCGAACUCAAUUUUAUUUCUCUAUUCUGGCCAUCCUUGCCCAAUGGUAUACAGGCUGCUUACGAGGAUUCAGAAAAAGACCUAGUUUUCAUAUUUAAAGGAAACCAAUACUGGGUAAUGAAUGGCUAUGACAUUCAGCAAGGUUACCCCAGGGAUAUAUCAAACUUUGGAUUUCCAAGCACUGUCCAAGCUAUUGAUGCAGCUGUUUUCUAUAAAGGAAAGACAUACUUCUUCAUAAACAAUCAGUUCUGGAGAUAUGAUAACCGAAGGCAAUCCAUGGACCCGGGUUAUCCCAAAUGCCUAUGGAGUGCCUUUCCAGGAAUAAGAAGUAAAGUUGAUGCGGUUUUCCAGGAGAAUAACUUCUUCCUUUUCUUCAGUGGACCAAAAUACUAUGCAUUUGAUCUCACUGCUCAAAGAGUUACUAGAAAUGGUAAAAGCAAUUUAUGGCUUAACUGUAGAUACCGGUGAAGCAAAACAAAAACUGAUCAUACCCAUUUUCUGAAUAUGGAAGGGAAAUUCAACUUGCAUGUCCAUCACCUUGUCAUUUUUAUACUUCUCUCAAUUCUAAGUAAUGAUUUGUUUUUCUUUUUCCCAACACUGUAUUCUCUGGGUAUAUUCUCAGUAAAAAUAUGCUUGGAAUAUUCCACCCUUGGCAGAGGCUGAUUCAGUUCUCUCACAUUCUGUCUUGGAUUAGCAAAUCUAUCACAAAGAGAAGAAAAGUAAGCCCUCUUUGUGACCUCAGUAUUCACCAUUUCCUUAUUUAUUUGACUUCUAAAAUUCACUGCUUCAUUUCUUGCUUGUCUAACUUCAAAUAUUCCUACAUCCCUUUAACUAUGUGUUAUAUACAUCUGCUACUUUCAAUUUAACACUGGAUUUUGAUUAGAAGAAUUAUUAAAAAAAUAGAGAUAAGUACUCUUUACAAAACCUGUGGUGCUAUUUUUCACUUUUGGAAAGAAAGAUAAUAUAUGUUAUGGGUUGAAUUGUGUCCCCCCCACCAAUAAAAGUAUGUUGAAGUCUUAACCCCAGACA